AUGGUCCUUAAGUUUAUUAAAUCUGAGCGUGGUGGUAUAAUCUUAGUCCACGAGGGCUAUGCUUACUAUAAAAAAAAAGUCAAUGCAACAAAUAUUACUUGGCGUUGUAGAGAAAAUCGAAAUAGGUUAUGUAGCGCUACAAUUCAUACAACUAGCGAUAAAAGAACUGGCCAAAUUGUCGAUGAUGAAAUACCAGUGCACAACCAUCCCGCUGAUAUCAUUAAUAUUGAAGUAAAAAAAGUAAAGGAAAAAAUAAAAAAAAAAGCAAAAAAGGGUUGUGAUAACAAUAGCGUGUUGAUUUCUAAUGUUUUGAGUAACGUUCCAUCGCCAGUUCGUGCUCAAUUACCUAAAAUCAAAUCACUAACACGAGCAGUUCAAAGAGCAAAGAAGUCAGAUGAUCAAGUUGUAAAUCCCAAGACAUUAGAAGAAUUAGUUAUUCCUGAUCUAUAUAAGAUGACUAACAAUAAUGAACUAUUUUUACUUCAUGAUAGUGGAAGUGCUGCUGAUCGAUUUCUAAUAUAUGCGACUAGUAAAAAUUUAGAAUUAUUAUGUGAAUGUAAAUCAUGGUUCUGUGAUGGAACUUUUAAUUCAGUUCCUCUCAUUUUCAAACAAUUAUACACUAUACACGGUAUGUAUGGUGACAAAGUAUUACCAUUGGUGUAUAUACUUGCUCCAAAUAAAUCUGAAAAAAUAUAUUCGCGUGCGUUAUCAGUCAUCAAGAAUCGUCAAAAAAAUUUAAAGCCUCAGAGAGUUAUGGUCGACUUCGAACGUGCGUUUAUCAAUGCAUUUAAAAGUAAAUUUCCUGAAUGCAUUAUUACUGGAUCAUUUGUUCCUGUUGAUCACGUGAUUGAUGCAUUUGAAGAAAUUAUAAAAUCGCCAUUUUAUGAAGAUAAUAGCGAUACAUUAAAUGAAUUUAUCCAUUAUUUCGAACGUACGUGGAUUGGGGAAAGAUCUCGUAUCGGUUCUAAGCGCAAGAAACCAUUGUUUGAUAUUUCUUUGUGGAACUGUUAUCAAGCAGUUAUUGAAGACCUUAUGUGCACUAACAACAGCGUCGAGGGUUGGCAUCACUCAUUUAAUAACAAAGUGUAA